AUGCUGACAAAAUGUUCAAAGCAAGUAAUCAUGGUGUUAUGGCUGUCUGUGGUAAGGCUGGCGAUGCUGUUCAAUUUGCUGAAUUUAUUCAAAAAAAACAUGCAACUGUACGAGAUUAGAAAUGGUUAUGAGUUGAUGCCGAGAAAUUUGGCUGAAGCACUUUGCAGCAAAACUCCGUACAAUUUUAAUUUGCAACUCGCUGGUUACGACCCGAAGGACGGACCUCAGUUGUACUGUAUGUUUUAUCUGGCUUCCAUGAUUAAUGUAACGUAUGCUGUACAUGGGCAUGGCGUUUUCAUAGCCAGUACGAUUUAUUUGUUGAGCGUCAACAGGGCUUUUAAACUUCAGGAAAAUUGCGUCCUCAAGCUGAAAAAACGAUUUGAUGUUAACAACGAUCGGUUCUCUGUUCGCGUCGUGAAUAAGGAAGUAAUCCAUCACCUGCCUGACCUGGUUUAA